GUUAGAAAAAGGGUAGCAAAACUAUAUUGUAGCUGAGGAGCAGUAGCACUACCCCCCUUGUGCAUUUUUCAUCUCCUGCUGUUUUAGUAGCAAAGUAAUACCGACCUCCUUAGAGCAUAGAAAAACUAACUUCAGUAACAAAUGUAUAAUUAAUAGUAGUAUAUAUUUUCUCUGAUGAACCAAGAAUCAAGCAAUCCUUUUCCUCAUCUAACAAGACUUUUCUUCAAAUAUAUACUUGAAUUGGCAUUAAAGGCAUUCCAUUUCUUGAUUCCAAUAAACCUUUAAGCCUUCAUUUUCAUCUAUAUAAUCGGAUCAUACAUUCUAUAUUACAUAUCCAUCAAAACCCAAUUUCCUUCACAAUAAACAAAAGCCUUUGCAUAUCUCUUUGCCUUCACAAUGCCCAUAAAAUCAACUGGCAUGUCUGCUGAGGCACCGAAGCCAAAGCCACCUGUCGAAGGGGAGAGGCACAAGCAAUUAGACCGCGAGAUUAGAGAUAUAUUCUCUACACUUACCACCCGCCUUACUGAUCUUCAGCACAUCUUCAACCCAGGAGGUAGUGGGCCACGCUUGGGGGAUGAAGAUGAACACGGAGUUAGGAUCAUUACGAUUGCUGGGACCAACACAGGGGCCACCAUGAAGGGUGAAGUGUUGGAUCAACAUCAGAAGCAGCAUGACCAACAUAAGGCGUUCCCUGAUGAUGAUCAGCCAGCUGAAGGUUCGGACACCUAUGUAAACAGCAACUGCCAGGCUGUGAACAACUCGAUCAUGCUCGAUGCUUCCUACACUAGCAAUGAUCCAGGUGUCCACAUGGAAAUAGAAGACUUAAGGGAAACUCCCAGCCGCAGGGUUCAGAAGCCUGAGAGGCGCGGAGUAAGUAAGGGAAAGGAGCCUGUUCAUGGCAACCAACAGUGGGAGUUUUCUGAAUGAUCCUAUGAUGAGGAAUUAUGUGCGACCAAAUUAUUAGGUUGUUUGUAGUUUCUAUAAUUUCAGCCUUGAAUACGUAAAAACAAAUGAUGUGGUUAAGUCUUGAAGAAAAAUCUUCUUAAGGAAUGUGAGGAUGUAUUAUGUGAUGAUUUAAGCUGUACUUGAUUCUGUUAAUUGUACCUGUUUUAGAGCUGAACCACUAAAUAUACAAUAAUGGGAAUUGCUAGUUUUGUUUUUA